AUGGGCGCGGCGACGUCUCCGGACGCCGUGCGGGCGCAGCGCGAGCGCGCGAAGCGCGCGUUGGAAUCGCUGAAACACACCGGCGCGCUCGCGCGUCAAGGGUCGCUCAGUGGGAGCGAGAGGAGCGAUCAGUGCUUUGAUUGGAGCCGAGGGUCGUGCGCGCGCGGGGAGAGUUGUCGAUUCGCGCACGAUGGGACUCCGGGAGGGAACGUGAACGCCAGCGGUGGGCGAACUGGGUCGCCGCAUCGCGUUGCCGCCGGAGUGUGCUUCGAUCACGCGAAGGGGACGUGUAAACGGGGAGAUCAGUGUCGGUUCUCUCACGACGUGGCGGCGGUGGCGGCGUUCGCGAAGAUCGCGUCGGCGAGCGGGUCGCCGACGUCUUCGCCGACGAACGGGAGGGUGGGGACGGUAAACAUUCCAAAGCCGUUGCCGAUAGCGGGCGCUUUGAGCGCGGCAUUGCGACCGAUGGUCAAGGCGGAGCCCGCGCCGGCUCCGGCGCCGAUCGUGCAGCGAAGUGGAGCUAUAGACUACGCCUCGGCGGCCAAGGCUGGGGUUGUUGGCGCGGCGGAGGGUUCGUUCGCGGCUGCGCUCGUGGGAAAGAAGAUGCCGAGCGGGGAUAACGUCGCGACGGCGGGCGUGCCCACGGCUUCACCGCCGCCGCCGGCGGUGGAAAAGCAUCCGGCGCUCACCGCGAGCGGGGCCUCCGUGCCCGCGCCUCGGUUUCCAGCCCCCAACGGCGGCGUCACGGCGGGAGUGCCCGCGGUGCCGGUGAUGGGUGACGCGAAUGGCCUUCCGAAGCCUUCGUACCAAUUCGGUACCGGUUCGAUGGUAGCUGGUGAUUACGCCACCGAAGAUAGGGCAGGUCAGGGCGCCAACGGUUCUAGCUUGGGCAGCAGGUCGGCGCCGAAACAAUACCCCAAGCCCGAGUUCGCGUUCGGAUCUGGUGCGACUGGGACUCCGUUAGAGACCAACGCGGUUCCAGUUGCGAACGAGAGCUUCGUUCCACCUGUGCCGGCGGGUCCGCCGCCAGAGGCGAACCAGCGACCGCAGGCGACGCCAGGCUUUGGUUUUGGGCAACCCGGCUUCGGGCUUGCGCAACCAGAGAAAGCGGCACCGCAUGCGAACUUUUGGGGCGGGCACGCGCAAUCACCUACGAACGGUGUAGUCGUGCAAAACGGUGCUGGAGCGGACGGGAGCUCCCAGCUUGGGUCGGAGUGGGAUAUGAGCGGAAUGGGUAUGGAAGGUCUCGUCGAAGACUAUAGCAAGCUUGGAACGUACGACGCUCUCGGGGGCAACUCUCCGUUCUCGGUUGGUCUGGGCUACUCGCUCUUUUCGCCGGCCGUUUCGCAACAGCAAGACGGCGCGGGCUACCAACAGCAGGGACAGUCGCAACCGGCCUCCAACCUCUGGGGGAGCUCGAGCUCGUUCAGCGGAGCCGGUUGGUGA